UUUAAACUCAUAUAAAUAGAUGAGUUUUCAGGUCUCCUUAUCCUCUCUGACUUCUGAAUCUUCUGCUCACUCCUGCUCAUCAGGUUCACCUGUAUUUGCCACAAUGCCUCAGUUGUUGAACAGCAUACUCAGUGUGAUCAGAGUGUUCCAGAACUACGCCAAGGAGAAUGGAGACUGUACUUCACUGUGCAAGACGGAAUUGAAGCAGCUGCUGCUGACUGAGUUUGGAGACAUCCUCCGGAAACCAAAUGACCCAGAGACUGUGGAAAACAUUCUGAACCACUUAGACAGAGACAGAAAUGGAUGUGUUGACUUUCAUGAAUACCUUGUGUUGGUGUUCCAAUUAGUCCAAGCCUGCCACCAUAAGCUAGAUAAUAAGACAUAUGGAGAUAGAACCUCACAGCAAGAAAAGGGGCAUGAAGUAACCCAAGACCAUAAGUUUCCAGGAGGCACAGGCAGACAACACCAGCAGACGCAUGUGGGUAAAAGACAGCAUUCCCAUGACAGUCAGCCUGGGAGACAAAGUCAUGAUGUUCAACAUGAUCAGUCUGAGAAACAAGACAGAGACUUCCACUAUGGUCAGCCCAAGAGACAAGAUCGCGAUUCCCACCAUGGUCAGUUUGAGAGACAAGAUAAUGACUUUUUCUAUGACCAGUUUGAGAGACAAGAUAACAGUUCUCACCAUGGUCAGUCUGAGAAGCAAGAUAGACACUUCCACUCUGGCCAGUCGGAGAGUCAAGACAGAAAUUCUCACCAUGGUCAGUCUGAGAAACAAGAUGGGGAUUCCCACCAUUGUCAGUCCAAGAGACAAGAUAGGGAUUCUCACCAUGAUCAGUCUGAGAGACAAGAUAAACACUAUAGCUCUGAUCAGUCUAAAAGACAAAGUCAAGCCUCUAGCUCAGGUCGCAGACUGAGUCAUAAGUCUAGCAGUGGCCAGCAAAAAGAGCAAGGACAUAUCUUUGUCUUAAAUCAGUUUGAGAAACCAGCUCAGGAGCCUCAUUAUGCUCAUUCUGCAAAGGUUGGACAACAAUCACACUAUGGGCAGUCUGGAAGACUCACACAAGACCCUUGCUCUAAUCAGACCAACCAACAGGAAUCAGGCUUUUAUUAUGGACAGUCUGGGAGGCUGAACCAGAAAUCAGGCUAUGGUCAGACAGACACACAAGGACAGGUUUGCCACCAUGGGCAGACAGACAUACAAGGGCAGAGUUGUCACUAUAGUCAGACAGACAGACAAGUACAGAGUUGUCACUAUGGUCAUUCACAGGCUGGGGAAGCUCAGAUACAAGGACAAAACAGAUACUUCCAAGGGAACGGGGAAACAAGAAGAGACUCAUAUGUUGAGCAAUCAGGAAAGUCAAGGAGACUAAGUCAACAGACUCCAGAACAAGAAGUGAAUCAAAACCAGACACAGGGAUUUCAGUCUAGAGAGGAACAGCACAGCAGCCACUAUGCAAGCAAGCCAGAGGAGGAUAGUCAAUACCACCAACACAAACUCUUAUCACAAAUCCAACAAGAAAGGCCACUGUAUCACAAAGGAAGUGACAGGCAAUCAGGCAGUAGUGAGCAGAGCCACAGACAGGUCCAACCCAGACAGACCCAGGACAAAGGGCAAAUCCAUCAGGCAGAGGAAGAGCAGGGUUGUCAAAGCUGGGGUGGACACAGCCAUGAUGGUCAGGAAAGUGCAUGGGAAGCACAGGAUAGGCAAACCCAUGAAGAGGAACAAAGCCAUCAAACAAAGGACAGACAAAAGUAUGAAGAUAAGCAAAACCACCAUAGACAAGACAAGCAAACCUGGAAAGAGGAUCAGCAUCAGCAUCAUCAACAAAAGUAUGGACAAAUCUCUAAAGAUGAGCAGAACCACCAGAGAAGAGACAGACAAACCCAUAUAGAGGCUUAUAAUCAUCAGCAACAAGAAGAUAGUCAAACCCAUGAGAAGAAAGAGAGGUACCAAGAGUCCCAGGAUCAAAGAAGACAACAGGGUAGAGGUCAUCUUACCAAGGCAGCUCAUAUUCCUCCCAAUCCCUUCUAUGGUUAUCUACAAGAGCAGAAAUCACAUUGGUACUAGGCUGUUGAGAUUCCAAGCUAAGCGACAUGAAGCCAAAGAAGAAACCUAUAUAUCAAGUUCAUAUCUACUUCUGUUUGAAAUGUUGCAAAUGUUUGUCUUCCCCUUAUAUCUAUCUACCUUCAAGAAUGCUCUUAAGGAUAAGUAUUCUCUUUUAGAGCAAAUUAGCAAUUGCUUUGAGCAGCAAUUAUGGGGCUUUCUGGUUGAAUGUAAUUUAAGUAGCAAAUGGAAUGAUUGUGUACUUAGUUUUGAUUAGUUUGGGAAUUUAAAUCAUUCCUGGUUUUCCCUCUAUACUGGUGAAUCUUGGUUGGAUCACUGAAAAGUAGAACACUUCUCCCCAAAACUCAAAAACAGGAAAGAUAUUCUAGAGAUUUACAUUAUAACCAAAGAAAGGAAAUUUGGUCUUUUGUGAGCUUUGGCUCCUGUGAAUAAAGCAUCAGGGAUUACAAGCUUCAUAGUCUAGACCAGAAUGCCACACAGAGAAAGGCAGCUAGGGAAGCCAGGGGCACAGAGGGCAUCUCUACACUUAACAGAUGUCAUGAUCAACCUCUUGCCCCUCACCAGAGGUCCUAUCCACUGACCAAUUAUCACAAAAUUGACUGGAUCCAUUUCAAUUCAAUGCCUUUCUAGUUUCCAGUCACAUAAAAUAGAAGGUGCAUGUCAUCUCUUUACAGAUCCCCAAGGUCCAAAACUGUCGAUUCAUAGCUCCUCUGUCCUGAAAACCCUUCACAGGAAAACCAAUGUGCAGAAAAAUGGAAUUAUAUUAAAAUAUCAAAUAAAUAAUUGUUGAGCAAUGAC